GCAGCCGCAGCCGGGAUUGGGGGCCGCCGGCGCCGCCCGCCCGGCCGGGGGGAGGAGGCGGCAGGAGGAGGAGGAGGAGUGGCGGCGCGGGCCGCGACGAGCUGGCUGGGAUCGGCGCGGCUGCCCCUGAAGAUGGCGGCGGCGGAGGCCGCUGCUGCGGGCGGCGGGGGCUGCUUGCCGGCGGGCGGCGGCUCGGUGCCCGUCCUCUUCUGCUUCUCCGUCUUCGCCCGGCCCUCCAGCGUGCCCCACGGCGCCGGCUACGAGAUGCUGAUCCAGAAGUUCCUCAGCCUCUACGGGGACCAGAUAGACAUGCACCGCAAGUUCGUGGUGCAGCUCUUCGCCGAGGAGUGGAGCCAGUACAUAGACCUGCCCAAGGGCUUCCUGGUCAGCGAGCGCUGCAAGGUGCGCCUGGUGCCGCUGCAGAUACAGAUGACUACUUUGGGCAAUCUGACACCCUCAAGCACUGUGUUUUUCUGUUGUGAUAUGCAAGAGCGAUUCCGGCCUGCCAUCAAGUACUUUGGUGACAUCAUCAGCGUGGGCCAACGACUGCUCCAAGGUGCACGUCUCUUAGGAAUUCCAGUUAUUGUAACUGAACAGUAUCCCAAAGGUCUUGGCAGCACUGUGCAAGAAAUUGAUUUAACAGGAGCUAAACUUGUUCUUCCCAAAACAAAGUUUUCAAUGGUAUUGCCAGAAGUUGAAGCAGCAUUAGCAGAGAUCCCUGGAGUCCGCAGCGUUGUCCUGUUUGGAGUAGAAACUCAUGUCUGCAUCCAGCAAACAGCAUUGGAAUUAAUAGGCAGAGGUCUGGAAGUUCAUAUCGUAGCUGAUGCCACCUCAUCAAGAAGUAUGAUGGACAGAAUGUUUGCUCUUGAGCGUCUGGCUCGUACUGGAAUUAUAGUUACUACUAGUGAAGCUAUAUUGCUGCAGCUAGUAGCUGAUAAAGAACAUCCAAAAUUCAAAGAAAUCCAAAAUCUCAUUAAAGCAAGUGCCCCUGAGUCAGGGCUCCUUUCCAAAGUUUAAAGAGGAUGAGAAGGAAGCAAAUCUCAUUGUCAUCUUUAAGGAGGAAGGAAAGCUGCAAGCGCACAUGUACACCUUCUUUCACUCAGAAUUUGGUAGAAGUGUAAAAUUAAAAGUUGACGUACUCAUGCUUGCCUUAGCAAAAUUGUCUGGUUAUACAUCUGGGUGCCAGUGUGUUCUGUUUAGUUACAGCUGUAAGAGAUGUUGGGUACUGUAGGACCCUUUUGUUGUCAUAUUUCCUUCUUUAUUUAAAAUCAAGAAUUAACAGAGAUGUCUGCUGGUCUAUACUAUAUACUGGUUGUAACAGCUCCAGAAAGUGCAUAUUUCUGUGGCACCUCUUGAUUGUGCACUUUGUAAAAGCAUACUGUGAAACUCCGGUUUACCUUUGUAUUAAUAGAAGAUAAUUAUGUACUGGAUAAAUGUAAUGUGAUAUGCUUUAAUGUUCUAUGUAAAUGAAGUAUUUUAAUAGGGCAUAAAUUAAAACAGAGUAAGAUAUGUGGACUACAUGUGCACUCUUGUCCUCUAGAAUAAAAUUUAAGCACUUUGCUUCAUAGACAAGACACAUAGAUAAAAUAGCAGCUGAUGUUUGAUUGCUCUAGGUAGAUGAAGCCUGCAUUUUGAAAUUGACUGCCCAACCCUGUAGUUAACUUAACUGUACACAAAUAGAAAAUUGUUGUUUAAUAACUUCUUUAUAAACAAUCCUUCAGAACUAGCAGAAGAUUACCAAAACUUUAAAGAAAUCGGUAAAGCUAAGGAUGUUAAAGAACAAAAGCUUUUCAGCUUCAAGUGCUGAAUCUACUACUGUAUUUAGGUUUAUUUAUGCGAUGUUUUACCCCAUUUUAGUUAGACUGAAUAAUUCCAUCUGAUUUACUCAUUUGGCCAAGCGAGCUCUGAAAGAAACCUCAGCUUCUCUAGGUUUUUGUGCUUUUUUUUUGUGGGCUGCACUUGGGUGAAGUUUGGAUAGAAUCUGGCCUAAAAACAUUCUUCAGAAAAACAGCAUCUUUAACUUAAUGAUAUAUGUAUUUUCUGUCUAGAACCAGUCUUUUAGCACAUAAUUGUUCAUAAAGGCUCUUCUUUCACGUUCCAGUGGUUUAAACAAUGUUGUGUAAAGUUUACAAUGUGUCUGAGACAUUUAUUUUUUUAAAAGAAUACUAGAAGAUGUCAUACUGAACACUGAUCUUUUUGGUAGAAAACCAGUUGGAGUACAUGUAUUGUUUUAAAUUGCUUAUUUUCCCCACAAGAUGGCUCUAAAAAAAAAAAAUGUUUCAGAGAGUUAUAACCUUUAUAUGUUAAAAACAAAUAAAAUAUUAACAUUUGCUG